AUGAUUCAAAAAGAUAUUGUCAAUUGCUUUUCAAAAGAGAUAAUCAAGUCUAUUUGUGAUGAAAUUUGUAAAGAUGUGUUCCGUAUAUUAGUUGAUGAGUCUAGUGAUGUUUCCAAAAAAGAACAAAUGGCUAUAGUUUUGAGAUAUGUUGAUAGACUCAGGAUUGUAAAGGAAAGAUUUAUCGGAGUUGUUCACGUGUUGGAUACAUCCUCUUUGACUCUUAAAGCCGCCAUCGAUACCGUUUAUUCCAACAGCAACUUGACUAUCGAUCAGGUGAGGGGGCAAGGUUAUGAUAGAGCAAGUAAUAUGAGUGGUGCAUUAACGGUUUGGCGGUUACUAUCGUUUGUGGCGGUUGCAAAGAAACAUGAUGAUGUUGAAGAAUUCUUUGAACAACUAGGUUUGGCGGUUACUAUCAGAAGCAAAAAAGAAAGAGUGGCAACCGAAAUUGGUAUUGGUGAAACGGAAACAAGAAGAAGGUUGAAUCAAGAGAUUUCUCUUGUUCGAGCUGGAGAUACUAGAUGGGGUUCACAUUUUAGAACAAUUGUAAGUUUGUUGAAUUUGUUUGCAGAAGUUGUUGCAGUCCUUAAAUAUGUCAAAGAGGAGGGGUCUACUUUAUCUAACCGUAAUCAAGCAAAGGAUAUUUUGUCAUAUUUCAAAACACUUGAUUUUGUAUUGCUUUUACACUUGAUGUUGGAAAUUCUAUGCCUCACCGAUACUUUGUCAAAGCAUCUUCAGAAAAAAGAUCAAGAUAUUUUGGAAGCGACUUCGUUAGUAAAAGGGAUAAAGAAAGCAUUGCUAGUUUUUAGAAAAGAUGGGUUUCCACAAAUUUUGAAGAAGGUGUGUGCUUUUUGUGAAAAGCAUAGUAUUGGAAUUGUGGACAUGUCAGAAUAUUAUGUUACCUCACAAAAGCAUAGGACCAAUUAG